AUGUGGGAUUUUGACUGUGACGACUCUAAAGAUGACGAUUUGGACGACGAGGCCAUGAAAGAACCCACGUGGGUUUGUUUUGGAGACAACUUGGCCACCGCGAAGGGUCUGGCUCGGUUGGACUGGACGCAGGUAGUAGAUCUUCGCUAG